GUGAGAGCUGACCAGGAGGCAGUCGGGUGCAAGUGUCCUUGGCAGAAAUAAACGCCGUGCGUGUUAUCGGAGACUCAUGUCCGCAAUUCUGAGAAGCCGGCGAAGCUGCUUAUGAAAGGGCAUUGGUGCUUCCUCAUUCUGCUCUCUGUUUCCUCCCGACGUGGCACAAAUAAAUAGGAAACGCCUAAGGCUCGCUGCUACUUGGAGGCUCCCGAAGGAGGCUGCCUGAACCCAAUGCAGAGGGCUUUUGAAGAAGACUCCUCCUCUGUCUGGAUGGGCUGCAAUGUCGUUUCAGACCCUACCAUUUGGUCGGCUCUAACAAGUCUUCUGCUGGACCCUGACAUUCGGUACUGGAACCCGAGGGGUGUCGGUGAUGUUGCCCCGUGAGCUCCUCCAUUGCUGCUGCCCUCUCUGCAUCUGACCCCAGACCUCCGUCCUUCCCUGCCAGGCAGCGACACAGCACCCCAGGACAAUGAGGACACCACCCUGCCCAUAGCUACAGACCACUGUGCAGCCACCUAAAGUCCCAGAAUGGACCAGCAGAUGGCACUGACCUGGGGGCUGCUCUACAUGAUCCUGCUGGCUCUCUGCUGGGGACAUGGUGUGACAGAGGCACAAGAGACCGUCCCUCUGCAGACUCUGCAGUGCUACAAUGACUACACCAGCCGCAUCAUCUGCAGCUGGGCCGACACGGAGGAUGCCCAGGACCUCAUGAACGUGACCCUCUAUCGCAAGCUGGAAAAGAACUAUCCAGUGUCCUGUGACCUCAGUGAAGACCUACUGUGGCCAGAGUGCCCGCCCCCACACCGUUGUGUGCCCCGAAGAUGUGUCAUCCCCUACACACAGUUCAGCAUCACUGAUGAAGACUACUACUCAUUCCAGCCCGAUCGGGAUGUGGGCAUCCAGCUCGUGGUUCCACUGGCCCAGCAUGUGCAGCCCCCACCUCCCAAGGACCUCCACAUCAGCCCCUCUGGGGAUCACUUCCUGCUGAAGUGGAGUGUGACCCUUGGGGAUGCCCAGGUCCCCUGGCUGUCACAAGAGGACAUCCAGUUUGAGGUGACUUACAAGAGGCUUCAGGACUCCUGGGAGGAUGCCCCCAGCCUCCACACCAGCGACAUGUGGGUCUCUCUGGAGCCAAAGCUGCUCCUACCCAAUAACAUCUAUGUGGCCCGGGUGCGCACUCGGCUGUCUCCAGGCUCAAGCUUGUCUGGAAGGCCCAGCACAUGGAGCCCUGAGGUGCAAUGGGACUCCCAGCCAGGGGACAAGGCCCAGCCUCAGAACCUGCUGUGCUUCUUUGAUGGCAUCCAGUCCCUCAGCUGCUCCUGGGAGGUGUGGACCCAGAUGACUGGCUCUGUUUCCUUUGGGCUCUUCUACAGCUCCAGCCCGGCGGCUCCGGAGGAGGAGUGCUGGCCCGUGGUGAAGGAGUUGCAGGACAGCCUCCGCACCCGGUACCACUGCCGCCUGAACAUGUCCAGCCCCAGGGCACACAGCCAGUACACGGUCUCUGUUAAGCCGCGGAAACAAGGGAAGCACAUCAAGAGCUCUAACCACAUCCAGAUGCACCCUCCCACCCUCAACGUGACCAAGGAUGGAGACAGCUACAACCUGCGCUGGGAAACUAAGAAAAUGUCCUACUCUCACAUCGAGCACAAAUUCCAAAUCCAGUACACGGAAAACCCGGACACAUGGGAGGACAGCAAGACAGAGAACCUAGAUCGUGCCCAUAGCAUGGCCCUGCCACAGCUGAAGCCCUCCACCACAUACCGGGCCAGGGUGAGGGUCAAGCCGCUCCCUGACUACCAUGGGAUCUGGAGUGAGUGGAGCGAAGAGCAAACCUGGACCACUGGCUGGGUGAUGCCCACUUGGGGGAUCGUCCUCAGCCUGAUCUUCCUCGUCCUCUUCUUGCUCCUGGGCCUCCGCUUUGGCUGUGUCUAUGGGUACAGGAUGUACAGGAAGUGGAAGGAGAAAAUCCCCAACCCCAGCAAGAGCCUCCUGUUCCAGGAUGGAGGUAAAGGACUCUGGUCUUCCAGCAACACGGCAGCAUUUCCCACUAAGAACCUUAGUCUCCAGGGGCCACGGAGCAACCUUGUCGCUGAGCUACAGAGGAUGUCAUAUGCACAUUUGGGGGUCAAUGAAGUGUCGCCACUCACCAUAGAGAACCCCAACAUUGUCCAAGACCCACCAUCUGGGCCUGAUUCAACUCUAGCCGCCUCAUCAGAACCCAUGGAUCAGCUUUCCACUGACCAGCAAGACCCACCAACCACUUCUGGCAGACCUGGGAACCAGACACCCAGCUUUGACUUCGAUGGCCCCUACUUGGGGUCUCUCCAAACCCACUCCCUGCCUGAUCUCCCAGGCCCGUUGGUCACCCCCCAGAUUGGUGGGAGCCUGAGGCCAGCACUGCCAGGCUCCCUGGAAUACCUGUGCCUGCCUCCUGGGGGACAAGUACAGCUGGUCCCACUGUCCCAGGCCAUGGGGCAGGGCCAGGCUGUGACUGUGGAAUGUGAGCCUAGCCUGGGUUGCACAGAGAGCCCUUCCAUGGAACCAAAGGACAGCCCUUCACUUGAGCUGAGGUUGGAGGAACAGGAAACAAAGGACAACCCAGUGACUCUGCCCAUAAGCUCUGGGGGCCCCGCGGACCCUGUGGCGGCCUCUGGCUAUGUCAGUCCUGCAGAUCUGGUGCUCACUCUGCCCACAGGGCCCCUCUCUACCUCUCUGAUCCCCUCUCUAGGGUCCCCCUCAGCUCAGGGCCCCAGUCUCUGUCUCAGGCUGCCUGGGGUCCCUCCUCGAAGCCCAGCUCUUCCACCACCAGAGUUUGAUGACUAUGUGGAGCUCCCUCCAAGCAUGAGCCAGCCCCCCCAGUGCCCUCUGGGCAGUUCUGUCCCUCCUGUGCCAAGCAUUCCCGCAGCGAGCCCAGCAGAGCCCAGGGAGGAGGUGGCCCCAGCAUCCCCUCACCCUGAAGGCCUCCUUGUUCUUCAGCAGGUCGGGGACUACUGCUUCCUCCCUGGCUUGGGGCCCAGCUCCCCCUCACCACAUAACAAACCACCUUCUCCAGGCCUGUGUCCUGACACUGUGGACCUAGACCAGGAUCUGUCUGUCAAAAAGCUUCCCUGCCAGCCCAUGCCCCAGGUGCCAGCUAUUCAGUUUUUCAAGUCCCUGAAGCAUCAGGACUACCUGUCACUGCCCCCUUGGGACAGCAGCCAGCCUGGGAAAGUAUGCUGAGUCCACCCCUCCCAAUCACACCAAAAGCCCUGUACCUCAGCCUGUGGACCUCAGUCUGACAUCUUCACAGAACCCCAGAGGCUUCCUUGAAGACAUGCUCAGUCUUCCCUGACCUUAGCCCUGACCUUCAGCAAUACCCUCCAUCCCCUCUCUGGUUUCCUGGAUGUUGUAGGAUCAUGUUUCCUUUCCUUCUGACUUGCUGGAGAAGGUAUGGGACCAGAGAGGCCUCUGAGGGUGAGAUCUGCAUGGUCUGUUUAGGGUUUAAGGACUGCUAUGGUCUUCUUGUCCCCCUCAAGCGCCAAUAACAUCACACAGUUCUGGUUCAGUGUAUGAAUUGGAAGGCUCAAGGGGACACUUUGAGGAUCAGACUUGUAAAAGAGGCAGGCUCAAGUCAUUCCCAAAUGGGCAUGGUCUUCUAUGGCUAUCUAAAGCUCCUGGGAGCCGUAGGAGUCCUUUGAGAGGAGACUGGGGACCCUCAUCAUGUAGAGAAGUGGCUGAUGUGGGCAAUGCUGGCUAGUGGCCACAGCUGUGGCCAGGCUGGAUUGAUGAAAAACAACAGGGAAGCCUGGCAUCAUGAACUCAUGGUGUCAACUGAAGAAAAUCCAGGGUGUGGAUCCCUGGAAGGACAGGAGCAUGGUGAUCACACAGGACAGUACAUCCAAAGACUCAGUCUGCACAUCCGGGCUGCUCUCCCUCCAGAAUGCCUGGAUACCUGUGGCUCCCACUGACCUCAGAUGUGGGUUGCUGCAGGACUGUGGUACUUGGAAAUGACUACCUUCUUGACACUCUGGGCACCAUGGCAUUACCUCAGUCCAUUCUCACUUGCAUUAUUUUCAAGGUCAGGUUUGCACAUGGCUUUUGUAUAUGUCUUGAGUAUCGGCUUUUUUGUUGCUGGGCAGGAGGGAUUGGGGACGGAUCCCAUGAAUGAUUUUGUCCCUCAGAGUAUCAUCUCAGAUGAGACUGUUCAGCUCUUUCCAUGUGGCCUUUUGUGGGGCACGCACGGCUCCACUGAAUGUGCUCUCUCUUAGUUUUGUGCAGGAGGCACAAUGGCGCCCUCAGCACUUACAGGCUGCAUUGCUGUGUGACCCAUUGCAGAGCUGAACCUCUCUUUGGGGUCAUAUUUGCAGUGGCCUUUGCAGCAAACAUACAUGUGCCUUCUUUUAUAUGCUUUCUGCAUCUCAAGCCUUGCCCGGGAGGUUUUAACUUUCUAGAACCCAGGCUUACACUGCAGAGAUCUGUCUUUUUGUGAUCUGAGGACCUGGAGCCAGGGCACAUUGUGUCAAUUCUUCACCCCUCUGCUCUCCAUCCCUGAAUCUGAAAGGCCCCUUUGUGACCCAUCAAGUCCUCAGAUGGGCCUGCUCUGUCCCAGCAUGUUAUGUGGUAGCCUCACUCCCUAGAUGGCAGCCAUGCCUCUUUACAUUCUCACAGGCAGAGCAAGUGUUCCUUGGUCCCUGUGCAUUGCAGCAAAGAAACCCACUAACAUCUUGAAUGUGUUUCUGUGGUGAUGUUCACAAUAGCCUAUCAAUAUGUUCUAUAAUGGACCCCUCUAGGGAAACAAUCAAGAAAGACCUCCAUGUAUCAAGACAUUGACUCCAAAUUGCCUGACAUUAAGAGGGAGAGAACAUUGUAAUAAAGUAUUUGUAACAUA